AUGACCUCCCCAGACAUUCCAUCCUCCUUCACAGGGACGUUUCAAAUCCACUACUUCGCCAGCGCCGCUUCGUACACGAAGAAGAACACCGAGUCCUUCCCCGCUCCCUACCCACUAUGCAGACUGUUUGAUCUCCUCGAGUCACACUACCCGGGCAUCAAAGGCAAGGUUCUCUCUAGCUGUGCCGUCAGCGUCCGUAUGGAGUACGUGGACGGGGAAGAGCUUGAUGUCGGGACAGCAACGGAUAAGACGAGGAUGGUCGAGUGCGGGGAUGAGGUUGCCAUUAUUCCGCCUGUCAGCUCAGGAUAG